GCCGCCCGGCGCCGCCCCGCCAUGCCGCUGCCCGCCCUGCUCUGCCUCUGCGCCGCCGCCGCCGCCUCCUUCUUCACCCGCACCGGCGAUUACCGCCUGGCCGGACUCUUCUCGCUGCACCGCCCGCCGCCGCGGGCCGCUGCGCAGCCCUUCGUGGGCCGCUGCGACAACAUCGCCGCCGCCAAGAGCCACGGCUACUGCCUGGCCCAAGCCAUGCGCUUCGCCGUGGAGGAGAUCAACAACUCCAGCGCCCUUCUGCCCAACAUCACGCUGGGCUACGACAUCCACGACGCCUGCUCGGAGCCUGCCACCCUGCACGCCGUGCUGCGAGCCCUCGCACGGAAAGGUGCCCAGGAGGUGGAGGUGCUUCCUGCCUUCCACCACUACCAGCCCGAGGCAGUGGCUGUCAUCGGACCCGACAGCACCCAGCUGGCCCUCACCACGGCAGCCAUCCUCGGUGUCUACCUUGUACCGGAGAUCAGCUAUGAAGCCUCCGCGGCACCCCUGAGCCUGAAGCGGUUCUACCCCUCCUUCCUGCGCACCAUUCCCAGCGACGAGCAGCAGGUGAGGGCCAUCUUCCUGCUGCUGCAGCACUUCGGGUGGUCGUGGGUGGCCCUGCUGGGCAGCAACGACGCCUACGGCCGGGACAGCUCGGAGGCCCUCUACAAGCUGCUGGGCACAAGCAGUGUGUGCGUCGCCUACCGAGGGCUCAUCCCCGCCGGCGCCGGUGCCGACGCCAGCAACCCAGAGCUUCACAACCUGGUCAGGAUCCUGAGGGAUGUCAGGGUCAACGUCACCGUCGUCUUCGCCACCAGGCAAACCGUCAUCCCCUUCUUUGAGGUGGUGCUGCAGAGGAACAUCACGGGCAUGGUGUGGGUGGGCUCUGAGGACUGGCCCUUGGCACAGACCACCUGGCAGGUGCCUGGCAUCAGGAGCAUCGGCUCGGUGCUGGGGAUGUCGGUCGAGAAGACAGAGCCUGAGGUGCUGGAGCGGUUUGCAUCGUGGAAGGCAGCAGAGGAAACCGCUGCAGCUGAACGUGCUGGCAGCGCAGGGGCGGGUGUGGGGGGUGCAGAGAGCACCCAGCUGGCCUGCACCCAGCGCUGCACCAGCUGCCUCUCGCUCGCUACUGCUCCUGACAUCUACGACGCUCAAGCCUCCUUCAAUGUCUACUCUGCUGUCUACGCCGUGGCCCACGGCCUGCACGCCCUGCUGGGCUGCGCCUCGGGGGCCUGCAGCAAGCGCACUGUGUACCCCUGGCAGCUCCUAGCAAGAAUCAAGCAAGUGAACUUCAGCCUGCACGGGAGCCGCGUCUCCUUCGACGGCAGCGGGGACAUCCGCAAGGGCUACGACGUGGUCAUGUGGAACUGGAGCGGCCCCAGCUGGGCCUUCGACGUGAUCGGAACCUUCCGGGUGAGCCCUGACAGGCUCAGCAUCGCCCAGGGCACGAUCCUCUGGCACACAGGGGACCACCAGGUACUCUCCUGCAUCCAGAUCUUACUUAUUGCUCACUGCCAAGCCGGCUGCAUCCUCCUGCCUGCUGCUCACCUACCUGACCCUCGCUGCUCCCGACAGGCUCCCAGCUCCGUGUGCUCCGAGCCCUGCCAGCCUGGGCACAAGCGGCUGCAGCGGAGCCGCCACCACUGCUGCUUCAGCUGUGUGCCCUGCCCCUCGGGAACCUUCCUGAACAGAUCAGACCUCUACAGCUGCCAGUCCUGCAGGAGAGAUGAGUGGGCCCCAGCAGGGAGCGAGGCUUGCUUCAGCCGCACCGUUGAGUUUCUGUCCUGGUCCGAACCCAUCUCCUGUGUACUGCUGACCCUCAUUGCCGCCCUCCUGCUGCUCAUGGCAGGGCUGGCUGUGCUCUUUGCCCUCAAUGCCUCCACACCAGUGGUCAAGUCAGCGGGUGGGAACAUGUGCUUCCUCAUGCUGGGUUCUCUGGCCUGUGCCUGCAGCAGCCUCUUCUGCUACUUCGGGGAGCCUACUUGGCACUCAUGCCUGCUGCGGCUCCCCCUCUUUGCCAUCAGCUUCACUGCCUUCCUGUCGUGCGUGGCAACGCGCUCCUUCCAGAUCAUCUGCAUCUUCAAGCUGAACGCGCGCUGCCCGGCGCUGUACGAGGCCUGGCUGCGCUGCAGGGGGCCAGUGCUCUUCAUCGCGGCCAGCACGGCGGCCCAGGCGCUGCUCUGCCUGGUCUCGGAAGCCAUCAGCCCCUCGGCGCCGCGCAUGGACUACGGUGCGGCGGCCGACCGGGUGCUGCUGGAGUGCGGCCGGAACGACGCGACGAGCAGGACGGCCGUGACCGCCUACACCGUGCUGCUCAGCGUCUGCUGCUUCACCCUCAGCUACGCGGGCAAGGAUCUACCCGCCAGCUACAACGAGGCCAAGUGCUUGACCUGCAGCCUGCUGCUGCACCUCGCCUGCUCCGCGGCCGUGCUGUGCACGCAGGACGCGUUGCGCGGGCGGGACGAGGCGGCGGCCCAGGUGCUCGGCUACCUCUGCACGGUGGGCGCGCUGCUGGGCGGCUUCUUCCUCCCGAAGGCCUUCGUGAUCGUGCUGCGGCCGCACCUCAACACUCCCGAGCACUUCCAGAUGGCGAUCCAGCGCUAUACGCGGCGCCUGGCCGACGCCUGAGCAGCGCGGGGCCGGCCCCGCCGCCGCCGUG